GUACCCAGCUUCGCUCUCUAUCUAUACUAGAGACACUUCUCCUCUUAAGCUACUACAUACUCAUCAACAUAGUCCACAUCAUGGGUGCACAGCAGUCUAUUCCUUCCGAUGCUGCUAUCAACGAGAAACUGCGCGAGCGCCUCCAGGCCUUCAAUCUGAACGAGGAACGAGUAAUGAGCGAGAAGGAUGGAUUUGUGCACGUAGCUGACAAUGCUCCCCCGAGGUUCUCACCACUGUCAAGACAUGUGAAGACGGUUUCCACCAAAGAUGCCGGGGAGUGGGAGAGGAAGGUCAUGGAAGAUCCCAAGAACCGUCUUGCCCUUCUUGCUCUCAGCUCGAACCCAGCAACCGCCGUGCUGUCAUCGCGCGCAGCCACUAUCUCAGACAUACACCAGUUCAACAUCAAGAUUCCCACCGAAGGCUCGCCAAUCACAAACCAAGCCUCGUCAGGGCGAUGCUGGCUCUUCGCUUCCACCAAUGUUUUCCGCAUUGCCAUCAUGAAAAAGUACAAGCUCGACAGCUUCCAGCUAUCGCAAUCGUAUCUAUUUUAUUGGGAUAAAAUGGAGAAAGCGAACUACUUCCUCGAGAACAUCCUGGAGACAACGUCCGAGAGCAUUGACAGUCGCUUGAUACAAGCUCUGCUGGCAAGUCCAGUGGGAGACGGUGGACAAUGGGACAUGGUAGCCAACCUGGUAGAGAAGUACGGACUAGUCCCUCACAGUCUCUACCCGGACUCUUUCAACGCAAGCAACUCAAAAGUGAUGGAUACUCUGAUUACAACAAAGUUGCGAGAGGAUGCAGUUCGACUACGCUCCCUCGCCCUCAGUUCAGCUUCGCCCUCUACUAUCCAGGCCAAUAUUGCAGCUGAGAAGGCUACAAUGAUGCGCGAAAUCCACCUCAUCCUGACCCUGAUGCUGGGUCCUCCCCCAGCGCCAGAAAAAGCCUUCACGUGGGAGUUUUCCGACCGAGAUGGCAGCUCUCAGUCCGUAACGAUACGCCCAAUCGACUUUGCCAAGCAGCUGUCAGACAGCAAGACAGUGCGAGCACUCACAGGCACAGAUGUUCACACACUCUUCUCUCUCGUCAAUGAUCCGCGCAACCCCUACAACCGACUCCUCAGUGUAAAUCGACUCGGCAAUGUCUGGGAAGGUCGCCCGGUAACUUACGUCAACACAGACAUGAAGACCAUCAAAGAUGCCUGCAUCGCUAUGAUCAAGCGCGGUAUGCCAGUGUUCUUUGGCUCAGACGUAGGCAAGUACUCAGAUUCAACCAAGGGUAUCAUGGACACAGAUCUCUAUGAGUACGAGCUUGGUUUUAAUAUCAAACUGGGUAUGUCGAAAGCCGAGCGCCUGCAAACCGGCGAGAGCCAGAUGACGCAUGCCAUGGUGUUGACUGCUGUGCAUGUUGUGGACGGCAACCCAGUGAGAUGGAGGGUGGAGAACUCGUGGAGCGACAGAGUAGGUGAUAAGGGCUACUUUGUGAUGAGUGACAAGUGGAUGGAUGAGUUUGUGUACCAGGCGGUUGUGGAUCCGAGCGUGGUAAGCUCGACAAUCCGAAAGGUUUUACAGCAAAAGCCGAAAAUGCUUGAGCUGUGGGAUCCCAUGGGCGCUUUGGCGUGAGACAAACUUCUUCCAUAGCGUAGCGUUUCUGAUGAAUGGUUGAUGUUGCAUCCUUCCUUCUUUAUCUCCCAUUCAUGCCUGUAUUCAGGCCUCAGUCAAAUACUCAACUCGUCAAUAAGCCUCUUCAUACUGCACGUCUCAAUCGAACCACAUACCGCGAUGAGCUAGCGUGUGAAGACUGGACUGACGAACUACUGUUGUGAUGUUGAGCACAUGUAGAGUCAUUGGGGUGAUGACUCCCGACAUCGCCGCAGCCCCGCGGUAGUUUGUUUAAAAGUCCCCGCC